GGGGGUGCGGCUCCAGGAAACGGCGCGCUCGCGGCUCUGCGCUCCGGCCAGCCCGACGCGCUCCGCACCCCCCCGCCGACCCCGCGGGACCACCCGGCGCACCCCACGGCGACAGCGGAGAGCGCGGCCCCGGGUCUGACCCUUGGACACCCCUGCACGGACAGGACAGGCGAGACGGGAGACGUGGAUGGGAGCCCCAGUGGCCAUGGGGACCCGAGCCAGGCUAGCACUGGCUGGCCAGCGGGAGCCACGAACCUGAGAAGUGGGUAGCGGGAGCGGCGGGGACCAUGACCUCGGUGUGGAAGCGUCUGCAGCGCGUGGGCAAGCGGGCCGCCAAGUUCCAGUUUGUGGCCUGUUACCACGAGCUGGUGUUGGAGUGCACCAAGAAAUGGCAGCCGGAUAAGCUGGUGGUGGUAUGGACCCGCCGGAACCGACGCGUCUGCUCCAAGGCCCACAGCUGGCAACCUGGCAUCCAGAACCCAUACCGGGGCACCGUGGUGUGGAUGGUGCCGGAGAAUGUGGACAUCUCUGUGACCCUGUACAGGGACCCCCAUGUGGACCAGUAUGAAACUAAAGAGUGGACAUUUAUUAUUGAGAAUGAGUCCAAGGGGCAGCGGAAGGUGCUAGCUACAGCUGAGGUGGACCUGGCCCGCCAUGCUGGGCCUGUGCCUGCCCAGGUUCCACUGCGCCUGCGGCUGAAGCCCAAGUCAGUGAAGGUGGUGCAGGCUGAGCUGAGCCUUACCCUCUCUGGGGUGCUGCUGCGGGAGGGCCGUGCCACGGAUGAUGACAUGCAGAGUCUGGCCAGUCUCAUGAGCGUGAAGCCUAGUGAUGUGGGCAACUUGGAUGACUUUGCUGAGAGUGACGAGGAUGAGGCUCAUGGCCUGGGAGCCCCUGAGGCCGGGGCCCCAGGCCCCCAGCCAGAUCCCCCUCGAGAGCUGAAGACACUUUGUGAGGAGGAUGAGAGCCCAGUACAGCCCCAACAGGCAGCUGCCAGCCCUUCUAGUUCUGAGGAUACCAGCCCCACCCCUGUGAGUGCUCCUGCACCCCCGGCCAGGGCCUCCCGGGGCCAGGGGUCAGAGUCGGCUGCUGUAGCUGGGGGCCAGGAGGGGCCUGAGGCCCCAAGGCCCCCAGGAACCCCACUGGAGACAAGGUCCUCAAGGCAGCCAGGCCAGGACAUGGUCCCCACCCCGGCCCCUCGGCUCCGGAAAGGCUCUGACGUUCCCCUGUCCCCAGUCCCCCAAGCGGGGAAUGAGGUCCCCAAUGCCUCAGAGGCUCCCCCUGAAGGAGUGGGUUCUGGGGAGACCCAGACCCGGAGAAGCCCUCAGGAAGGGCCCGAGGUCCAGGGAGCCAGGCCAGGCCCAGACAUUGAAGAUGCAGGCUCUAGAGACACACUGGGAGGACAGGGAUCCAAGGAUGAAGAGGGGGACACUGGGGACAGACCAGAGACUAGUGGGGAGGACACUGAGCAACAGGCAGGAGUCAGAGAGGUGAACACUAAGAAGUCAGUGGUCACAGCUGGGGAGGCUGAAGAGAGUUCAGAAUGUAGUCAAGUACAUGCUGAGCAGAGGUCAAAGGUGAGACAUGUGGCCAUGGAGGGACCGGGGGCUGCAGGGCUAAUACCUGAGUCAAGACUCAGGGCAACUCUUGAGGCUCCACCAAGGGGCUCUCCAGGGAAGAUGGGGGUCAAGACCCUGGAAGAGGCUCCCACAGGCCUGAGCCCACCCCUGACACAGACUGCAGAGCACUCUGGGCAUUUCAGUAACCUCAGAGGGGCCAGGGUUGCUGCAGGUCAGGAAAGAGAGGGUGCAGAGGUGAGGGGCGGAGCCUCUGGUGUUGGGAGGACAGGCCUGGAGCAGGGCCCCUCUGCUGGAGCAGCAAGCACCGGGCCCCAGGUGAGCAGGUUUCAGGGGACCCCAUCACCAGCUGAUGAGGGGGUGAUAUCUCAGGAUCUGAGGACCUGGGAGGCAGAAGCAGAGGAUUCAAGGCUCCUAGGAACAGAGACUGAGCUGACACAGUGGGAGGAAUUGAGGGCACAGAAGAGGGGAACAGACUCUCCAGAAAUAGAGACUGGGACAACAGAAGCUGAUUUGGGGGGCCAAGAGACAAAAGCAGCAAGAUCAGGGGUCCUGGAGUCAGAGGCUGCUGGGACAGUGGAGUCAGGGGUAUUGGGGACAGAGACUGAGAUGGCAGAGUCUAAGGUAUUGGGGACCCAACAAACAGAGGCUGGGGGUUCUGCAGAGAUUGAGAUACUGGGGAAUCAGGAGAUAUCUGGGGGUCUCAGGGUACUGAGGAUGAAAGCUGAGAUAUCAGAAUCUGAGAUAUUGGGGGCCCAAAAGACAGAGGUAGGAGGUUUUGGGGUAUCAGAGACAGAGGUUGGGGGUACAGAGACUGAAAUAUUGGGAAAUCAGAAGAUAGCAGCUGAGGGUUCGGGGGUUCUAGGGAUAAAAGCAAAGAUGGCAGAGUCUGAGAUAUUGUGGGUUCAGGAGUCAGAGGUAGGAGCUCAGGGGAUUCCAGGGACAGAAGCUGAAAUAGUGGAAACUGAGAAAUUGGGGAGCCAGGAGAUAGCAUCUGGGGGUUCAGGAGCCCCGGGGAUACAAUCUGAGAUAGGGGCCCAAGAGACAGAAGAGGGGAGCUCAGAAGUUUCAGUGGUAGAAACUGGGACAGUAGAAGCUGAGAUAUUGGGGACCCAGGGGACAGAGGCAGGAGACUCAGGAAUUCUGGAGAUAAAGACUGUAAUAGUAGAAACUGCAAUAUUGGAGAACCAGGAGAUGGCUUCUAGGGGUUCAGGAGCCCCGGGGAUACAAUCCGAGCUAGCAGGGGCCAAAGAGACAGGAGUGGGGAGCUCAGAAGUUUCAGUGGUAGAAACUGGGACAGUAGAAGCUGAGAUGUUGGGGGCCCAGGAGACUGCAGCUCAGAGUUCAGAAGUUCCAGUGAUAGAAGCUGAGCUAGCCAGGGACCGAGAGAGAGAGUUGCAGGAUGCAGGGCUCUCAGGACCAGAGACUGGAGUGGCAGAUGCUGAGGUACUGAAAUCCCAAGGGACAGAGACUACAGCUUCAGAGACUGAGGAGGCAAAGGCUGAGAUUUUGGGGGUCCAGGAGACUGGAGUCUGGGGAGCUCUCAAAUAUGAGGCUUUAAAAGUCCCAGUUACUAAGCAAAGAGUUUUAGAGUCCCAGGAAGCAGAGGCAGAGGUUUCAGGAGUACAAGAAGUAGAGACUAAAGUUUUGAGGGUCCAGGAGGCAGAGGCUAGGGCUUUGGAUGUAUCAGAGGCCAAAUCCGAGGCUUUGGGGGCCCAGAAAACAGAGAUGGGGGUUUUAGGGCCCCCAGAGAGCAAAUCUGGUAUUUUUGAGACCCAGGAAGCAGAGUCUGGGGUCUUGGGAACCGAGAAGGGGAAAGAAGCUGAGGGAAGCCUCCCAGAGGCCAACCUGACAGAAGCACAAGUAGCCAGUGGGGCAGGGGCUGGGGAGCCCAGGCCCCUCGGGGCUUCUUCCCCAGAGGAGCCUGAAGAGGACAGGAGGCUGCCGGGCAGCCAGGCACCGCCUGUCCUGGUCAGCUCCAGCCAGUCCCUGCUGGAGUGGUGCCAGGAGGUCACUGCUGGCUACCGUGGUGUCCGAAUCACCAACUUCACCACAUCCUGGCGCAACGGCUUGGCCUUCUGUGCUAUCCUACACCGAUUCCACCCAGACAAAAUCGACUAUACCUCGCUCGACCCGCUCAGCAUCAAACAGAACAACAAGCAGGCCUUCGAUGGCUUCGCCGCUCUGGGCGUGUCGCGACUGCUGGAGCCAGCGGACAUGGUGCUGCUGGCCGUGCCCGACAAGCUCAUCGUCAUGACGUACCUAUGCCAGAUCCGCGCCUUCUGCACCGGGCAGGAGCUGCAGCUGGUGCAGCUGGAGGGCGGUGGCGGCGCCGGCACGUACCGCGUGGGCAGCGCCCAGCCGAGCCAGCCGGACGACCUGGACGCCGACGGCCUGGCGCAGCGGCUGCGCGAGCACGGGGCCGAGGCGCCCAAAGAGCCCAAGGAGGCCGCGAACCGAGGGCCGGGGGCGGCACCCAAGGAGCCCUCCCGGGGCAAGGACGCGGGCUCCGCCACCAAGGACGGCGAGGCCGAGGCCACCGGGGAAGCGCGCCCCCCAGAGGCCGCGACCGACGGCCCCGGAUUCCGGGCGCCCGUGGCCCCCGUGGCCCCCGACCAGGGGCUGGUGAACGGGGCGGGGGCGCCGGGCGGUGGGGCUGGCGUGAAGCUGAGACGGCCGUCGGUCAGCGGGGAGGCCGGGCCGGUGCCUCCGCCCAGAGCGCACGGCUCCUUCUCCCACGUGCGCGACGCCGAUCUGCUAAAGAAGAGGCGAUCGCGGCUGCGGAACAGCAACUCCUUCUCGGUGGAUGAGCCGGACUCGGGAGCCGCAGGAGCCGGGGCUGCGGAAGUCCUGAGCCCUGACCCCAGCCCCGCCCCUGGCACACCCACAGCCACAGGCCUGCAGCAGCCCCCUGGUGGAAGUCCCCCCUCGGAGGAGCCACCCCCAAGUCCAGGAGAGGAGGCUGGACUGCAACGGUUCCAGGACACAAGUCAGUACGUGUGCGCAGAGCUGCAGGCCCUGGAACAGGAGCAGAGGCAGAUAGAUGGGCGGGCGGCCGAGGUGGAGACGCAGCUGAGGAGCCUCAUGGAAUCAGGUGCCAACAAGCUACAGGAGGAGAUGCUGAUCCAGGAGUGGUUCACCCUGGUCAACAAGAAAAACGCUCUCAUACGGAGACAGGACCAGCUGCAACUGCUCAUCGAGGAGCAGGACUUGGAGCGGAGGUUCGAGCUGCUAAGCCGAGAGCUGCGGGCCAUGCUGGCCAUAGAAGAUUGGCAGAAAACGGUCGCGCAGCAGCAUCGGGAGCAGCUCCUGUUGGAGGAGCUGGUGUCGCUAGUGAACCAGCGGGACGAGCUGGUGCGGGACCUGGACCACAAGGAGCGCAUCGCCCUGGAGGAGGACGAGCGGCUGGAGCGCGGCCUGGAGCAGCGACGCCGCAAGCUGAGCCGGCAGCUGAGCCGGCGCGAACGCUGCACGCUGAGCUGAGCCCGCCUGGGCCGGCCGCCGCCUUCCGCCGUCCCCGCCUCCCUCCCGGCAGCUGGUGCGGGAUCGGCGCCCCGGGCCUGCGCUGCGCUGCGGAGAACCGGGCCCUGCGGGAUGCC